GCGGGGGUGUGUUAGCUCUUCCGCGCAUGCGUGCGAGACAUUUCCGCCUUCCGGGGAGACGAUGGCGACACUCCGUCCGUACCUGAAUGCGGUUCGUGCCACGCUUCAAGCAGCACUCUGCCUGGAAAAUUUCUCAUCACAGGUGGUGGAGCGCCAUAAUAAACCAGAGGUGGAAGUGAGGAGCAGUAAAGAGCUGCUGUUGCAGCCCUUGAUCAUCAGCAGGAAUGAGAAGGAGAAAGUCCUCAUUGAGGGCUCAAUAAACUCUGUACGGGUCAGCAUUGCAAUCAAACAGGCAGAUGAGAUUGAAAAGAUCCUGUGUCAUAAAUUCAUGAGGUUUAUGAUGAUGCGAGCAGAGAAUUUCUUCAUCCUCCGGAGGAAAGCUGUUGAGGGCUAUGACAUCAGUUUCCUGAUCACCAAUUUCCAUACUGAACAAAUGUACAAACACAAACUAGUUGAUUUUGUCAUCCACUUCAUGGAGGAGAUUGACAAAGAAGUCAGUGAAAUGAAGCUGUCAUUAAACGCCAGAGCUCGCAUCGUCGCAGAAGAGUUCCUCAAAAAUUUCUGAUACUAGUUGCAUUUGCUGUUAUCUAACAAGACCAAGGUUACGAGGAACUAUGUGAAACUGCACUGCUGGAAGGAAGCUUGGGGCGGGGGUGGGUGUAAUCGUCUGCUGAAAGGGACACAUACAAUAACCUGACCAGCCUGCUGGGAGGGGCUUGUACAAUAACCCAACCAGACUGCUGGCUUUAGUAUUAUCAGAUCAUUUUUCAACUGAUACUGUAUUUACAACAGCAUAAUUCUGCUGUCAUUAGGUCUUUCAUAAAUUGAAGGGACCGAGUUAAUGCAUUUGUAUUUUGAAAAAUAAAACAAAAUUUCAUUCGUAGUUUGUGUCGCAGCCUCUCUGACUUUACUCCUUAAUCAACAUCUUUAAAGACAGUAAACUUAAGUUUAAGGUAGUAAAUGGAUGCAAUAAAACCUGCCAACAAUGACCAUCCAGAAUUCCUGUUAAUAAUGGAAAGAGUGAAACAAAAAGCAAAAUAUUGCAGAUGCUGGCAAUCUGAAAUAGCAAAUGUUGGAAACACUCAGCUGGUCAGGCAGUAUCUGCAGAGCGGAAGGUAUGAUUAACACAUCAGGAUGAUGAUGUUUUGUCAGUACUGAUGAUAGGUCAUUGACCUGAAACGUUUACCCUACCACCUUCUCCACAGAGGUUGCCUGAGCAGCAAAGUGUUUCUAUCAUUUUUGGAUUCUACUGGUGCUUGCUCUAUCUGUCCCAAAUUAUACUCCAGUUUGAAACAACAGUCUCUAAAUAAUUCAUCAUUUGUAUAUUUCCAUCAUAGUGUCCAUGAGGCAGGAGAGUCCACAUUCUUAGUCUUUGUUUUAGUUAUUCUAUUUUUAUUCCAUUACUUGUAUAUUAAUGUUUUUAAUCGAAGUAAAAUAGAUCGUAAUGUAACCGUUUGGAAUCACAUUAUGGAUUUUGUUAAACUGUGAGUGGAUGGAGAUUUUAUUGCUUCUAUGACUUUUUAUGGCAGCAGCCGAUGGAUGAUCACUGGCAUGAGUUUCACAGUUCCACUUGUGGAAAGGUGGAAAGUUCUACUGAUCCAGGACACUGGCAUUGAAUGGUCAGGUUGCCAUCUGUAUUACUGCUCUUUACAUUGGUCAACAGGGUGCUUUUUAAAACACAAAAAUGUACUAGGGCAGCACAUUGAAGUAAGAUGGAGGCUCUCACAUGUGCUUGGUAAAUUCCCAGUUUCAACUAAGCUGUUAAUUGAAUGGGAAUAAUUAAACCUAGAUAUGUUAAUCUUAUUGCUGUUAUUGCCACUAAUAUGUAAUGCCUUAUGCUUUUCAAUAUUAAAAACCUUUUGCAGUC